GAUCACAUGCGAUGUAAAGAUGUCUAUGAAAGCAACCAUCCAUGGUAAAUACCAAUUCAACUCUUUCUCUAUAUAUAUGCAACCAAAGUUAGCAUCACCCCCACACAAAAAAGAUACAUAUAUAGCAGCAAAAACGAAGUGAACAUUUCUGAGAUGGAGAUGGAGAUACCCGUCAUCGAUUUCAGUAAGCUCAAGAGCGAGAAGAGAGGCCAAACCAUGGCGCUCCUGCACGAGGCCUGUCAGAAAUGGGGAUUUUUUAUGAUCGAGAAUCACGACGUCGAUACGGAGCUGAUGGAGAAGGUGAAGGCGCUGACCAAGGCUCACUACGAGCACAACAUGAAGCCCGGCUUCCUCGACUCAGACGCCGCCAAGAGCCUCUCCGCCAACGAGUACGUUCCGGACAUGGACUGGGAGAGCACCUUCUUCAUCUGCCACCGCCCUGACAACACCAUCAACGACAUCGCCGCCCUCUCCCAACACCUCAGGCAGUCGAUGGACAAGUACAUCGACCAGGUGAUCGCGCUGGCCGAGAAGUUGUCAGAGCUGAUGUGUGAGAAUCUCGGGAUCAGCAGGGCCCACAUGAUGGAGGCGUUCGCCGGGAGCCGGGGCCCCUCUGUGGGGACCAAGGUGGCGAUGUAUCCCGAGUGCCCGCACCCGGAGCUCAUGAGAGGCCUCAGAGAGCACACGGACGCGGGCGGGAUCAUACUUCUGCUCCAGGACGACCAGGUCCCGGGGCUGGAGUUCUUGAAAGGCGGGGAAUGGGUGAAAAUCCCGCCUUCCAAGAACAACCGGAUAUUCGUCAACAUCGGGGACCAGGUGGAGAUAGUGAGCAACGGGGUGUACAAGAGCGCGGUGCACAGAGUGAUGGCCAUGAAGGAGGGCAACCGCAUCUCCGUCGCCACAUUCUACAACCCCGGUGGAGACGCCGUCAUUUCUCCGGCUGCCGAGCUCCUGCUUCCGAGGGAUAUUCAGUUCAAGGAUUAUCUCAAGCUCUACACCAAGACGAAAUUCGGGGACAAAGCCAUCCGCUUUCAGUCCCUUAAAACGUCUAUGGCGGCGACUGAGAAUUGAAGCUGCUCACAAAUGCUUCCUUAGAAGUGGCAUGCAUGUUUGAGUAUGCAUAAAGUGUGGAGUCUUGAGAUCAUAUAUCAACAAAAUUUCUAUUCUUCACUUGUUAAUGUAGUGGAAUGAGUGUGACAAUCUUAACAUCAAGGUUAAUUUUCUAUUCAAGAAUGCUUUGCUCAA